AUGACACAUCUCAACAGCUUCUUGGAAAGUUGUUUAGAUCCAAGUCACUGGUUUGGAAAGACAAUAGCUACUACAAUGGAGACUGGAUUGAGCUUUGAUAGGAAGAGCCAAUUGCAACCAACUUCUAAAGAUCAUUCUACUAAUGCAACUGAACGACCAAGUUUAGUGCAUCGUGGGAAUACUGAAGAACUGAUCCCUCAGAGAACCAACCAAUCACAGGAAGGUCCUCCCAAAACAUCUCAAUGCUGGAAAGAUGCUGGGAAUGAGUCAUCGCUUGUGGUCACUCAAGUAUUGCAAUCAAUGAGCAGCCAGUCAUGGCCAGAUGCCAUGAACCACGAAAAGCUGCAAUCUAAUAAAACGGAUAGUCCUUUGAAGAGCUCAGAGCCAGCAAGUUCACCUGAAGAGAUUGUGACAGGUGUGGAUGCUGUUCCUGAGGUUGUAUCACCCUUGUCCCUUCCACUGCAAAACACAUGGAUGCUUCAACUCCACCUAGAAGAUGACAUUGAAGACUACCUGGAGGGAUUUGAGUCUGUGGCCUACAACAACCGCUGGCCCAGGGCAGAGUGGGUUGCUAAACUGAAGCCAUAUCUAAGCCGCAAAGCUCUUCUAGCCUGCAACAUCUUGGAACCCAACCUUGCCAAUGACUAUGACGUGGUCAAAGAGCGCAUCCUGCACCAAUAUGGCAUCACAACUGAAAUGCAACGCCAGUGUUUCAGGCAGUUCCGUUACCAGGAAGCCACGGGCCCCCGAGAAACCUGCCAAAUCCUCCAGACCCUUGGACAGCGCUGGUUGAAGCCAGAAAGGCACACCAAAGAACAGAUUUUGGAGUUACUAAUACUGGAGCAGUUUCUCAUCAUCCUACCCCCAGAAAUACAAGACUGGGUCCGAGGAUGCUGUCCAGAGACUUGUGCUCAGGUUGUGGAUCUUGUUGAAAGUUUCCAGCUGGGGAAUGAGCCACCAGUGCCACUCAAAGACAUUGACGUGAAGUUCUCCAGUGAAGAGUGGGCUUUGCUAACUGAGGAGCAACGAGCACUGUAUGAUGAUGUCACGCUUGAGAACUUUCAGAAUGUGUCCACUCUGGGAAUUCCUCUGGAGAAACCAGAGAUAAUCACCCGGAUACAGCAAGGAGGAGAAUUGUAUUUUCAGAAUAAUACUAUCAACUCUCCAAAAGAUCGAUUCACAGGAAACCAACAUUCACCAACUGCUAUCCAAGGGGUGGAAAAACGUUCUUUUUUAAAGAGAGCCACAAAAACAGUUAAGGUACAAGCCAUCGCAAUGGAAGUACCUCAGGAAUAUGUAGGUCUAGGGGAAACACUUGUCAAAGAGCCUUCUUCUAACUGUAUCAAAGAGGUUGCUGCAUCAGUGCCCCCAGCUAGUACCCUCCCCCUUAAAAAGCCAUUGAUUUCCUCAAAGAAUAAAUCUUCCAAAAGAAAGAAGAACCAGUCAUCUAGAACAGAGGAGCAGGCUUCCACAAAAGGUAGGCCUCAACCCUCAUUGCUGCAGGAAAGAUCUGGAAAAAAGGAAUCGGGAAGCCAAAUUUUGACUGCCAAAUCUGGUAAACAAAAGAAGACUCUGGUUCCUCAGGGUGCUAGGUCAUCGCAGCUGAAGAAGCCAACUGCAUCAGUAGGGCAGCACCCCAAAAAGAAGAAGAAAUCUGAGGUUCUGACUGAGCCACCCAAACCAAACAAGGAAAUCCUGUUGGGUAAGAAGAUUGUCCAGGACAAAGAGCAUCAGGUGGCAUCUCUGGAAAUAAAAGUCCGUGAAGCCUCUCUCCCAGUCACCACGUGGAAUCCUCCUUUCAGUGCCACUGUGGUCUCCGAUCUCACGUGCCCAGAUUGCGGGCGGUCCUUCAAGCAGAGAUUUGACCUGCGCCAACACCGGUUCGUCCAUACCCGGGAGAAGCCAUAUGCCUGCACAUUGUGUGAAAAGUGUUUCAGACAUCCAAGCAACUUACAUAUCCAUUUGCGGACACAUAGUGGGGAACGGCCCUAUCAGUGUCCCGACUGCGGGAAAGCUUUUUCCCAAAGUUGCAACCUUCGGACUCAUCGCAAGAUCCAUACAGGUAAUAAGCCAUACAAAUGCUUUGUCUGUGGCAAGUCCUUCUGCCAUAGCUCCAAUCUCACCAUCCAUCAGCGAAUACACACUGGAGAACGCCCUUAUCCUUGCUCAGUCUGCUCCAAACGUUUCAGUGACAGGUCCACCCUGGUGCAGCAUGAACGGACCCACACUGGCGAGAAGCCCUAUGCUUGUGUGGUCUGUGGACACAGGUUCAGCCAGAUAUCUCACCUCGUGAAGCACGGCCGCAUGCAUCCAGAUAUCGGUGACCCAGCAGGGCCUGAAGACCCAUCUCCCAACACUUCCAAAGGGGUCUUCAUGCCACCUGGUAGAAAAGCCUCUUUCCGAAUGAAGGGUCAGAAGCCACCUGCACGGGGUGAGAAUCUUGCCUGGAUUUCAAAAACAUGGGCUUCUUCUUCCCAGGCUAAUGGUCAGAAGAAUUGCGCCACUACAUAGAGAUGGCUGGGCAAAUUGGAAAGGCAAAAGAGAAACCAAGACUUAAAAUAAGCAAAAGAAAUGGCUGGCGGAGAAGUAGUAACAGAAAGCGUAGGAAGGGAUGACAGAAUUGCUAAAUCUGGAAGCCUCCCUUGCAAAUAAUCCGCUGUAAAUUGCUAGAUUUCAUUAAUCGCAUUCAGAGGAACCUCUGGAAAAAAAAUAGUCCAGGUGUGCUAUAUAGUCUGUAAAAUAAAAACAAAUAUUCUUGCAAAGUACUCUUUCCCAAGCAUAUUUUCCUUUAAAACAAUUCUUUUUAAAUAUUUGUUUUCUUAUUCCUAACUACUUCCAUAGCUUUUUGUGCUGCCAUCAUCUCCAGGGAUUAGCAGUGCAUAUAGAAACA